AUGACCUUGCAGAGCACUCCUCCGACUGUCCGAAUUGUGGAAGUAGGGCCAAGGGAUGGACUGCAGAAUAUCCGCGAGCCCAUUUCUACUCCCAUUAAACUGGAAUUGAUUCGCCGGCUUGAAGAGACUGGUCUUGAUACCAUUGAGUUGACAUCGGUGGUUUCGCCUAAGGCUAUUCCUCAAUUGGCGGAUUGUCGCGAAGUACUUGGGAGUCCUCAGGUAAAGCACCUGGUUAGCAAGUCUCACUUGAGGCUACCUGUUCUGGUGCCGAAUGUGAAGGGGUUGAACAUUGCUAUUCAACAUGGCGUGAAAGAAAUCGCUGUCUUCAUUAGUGCGACUGAAGGGUUCAGCAAGGCAAAUAUCAACUGCACUGUUGAACAGGCUAUCGAAAGAGCGAGGCAUGUAGCUUCGCUGGCGUUGAAAUCCAACCUCUCUGUGAGAGGUUAUGUAUCUUGCAUCUUCGCAGACCCAUAUGACGGUCCCACAUCUCCAGCAUCCGUCCUCCACUGUGUAAGAAAACUCCUUGACGCGGGAUGCUACGAAGUCAGUCUGGGUGAUACACUCGGCAUCGGCUCACCAGCAAAUGUCCGCAGCCUGAUAAAAUACCUGGUCCGCGAGGGCAUCGCUCUUGACAAAAUUGCGGGCCAUUUCCACGAUACAUACGGGCAAGCAGUGGCAAAUGUCUGGGAAGCAUACAAUUGCGGGCUUCGAGUCUUUGACAGCAGUGUCGCAGGUCUGGGUGGAUGCCCAUUCGCACCUGGUGCCAGUGGAAAUGUCGCAUCUGAGGACCUAGUAUAUAUGUUCCACAAUGCAGGGAUCAGCACCGGUGUUGAUCUACCGAAAUUGGUCGAGACUGGGAUCUGGAUCUCAGAAACCAUUUCAAAGCCCCAUUCCAGUCGAGUCGGCACGGCACUCUCCAUAAAGAGCAAAGCAGCCACAUCGGCGGCUGCAAGUAUGAUAAAGAAAUCAUCGAAAGACGCCCCUCUCCAAUGGAACAUGUUCUCUGAAACUGAAGGGCUCCAGCUCUUCCGAUCAGGGGUGAAUCUAAAAUUAGUCCUCAACCGUCCGAAAAACGGCAACGCUUUGACAGCAUCGAUGAUCUCAGACCUCACAUCCGCCAUUACAGCCGCAAGUCAACAUCCUCAAACAUCACGAAUAAUAAUAACAGCAGCGGGGAAAUUCUUCUGCACGGGAAUGGAUCUCGGAAAGGAGAGUACACCCGUUGCACAGGGCGACGCCACAAGCAAGGCCCAAUUCGAGAGACUGACGAGUUUAUUCGAGGCUCUCGACCAGUCUCCCAAAGUAACUAUCGCUUGUAUGAAUGGGCCUGCAUUUGGUGGUGGUGUCGGGCUUGCCUUUGCCUGUGAUAUUCGACUAGCUGUGCGAAACGCGGCAGUAACAUUGAGUGAGGCGAAAUUGGGUCUUUGUCCAGCGACGAUAUCGAAGUAUGUCAUUCGAGAAUGGGGUAUUUCGUUUGCGCGCGAGGCGAUGUUAUCGGCACGUCCUGUUACUACUGACGAGUUGAAGACCAAGGGGCUUGUUUCUGAUGUUGCUGAUACUCCGGAGCAGCUGGGUACUCGGUUGGAUGAGUUACUGGCGCAGUUAAAGGUUGCAUCUCCUGAUGCGUCGCGAAUGUCAAAGGAGCUUGUGAGACUUGCGUGGGCUCAUGCCGGUACUGAAAAGCAGGCGCAUGGAAUUCGGCGAUUGUUUGAGGAGAUGAUGGGUGCUAAUGCAGAUGGAGCUGAUUGA